AUGAAGAAGUUUCGCUCCGGACGGAGAUGGCUCAAGGAAAAGCUACAUCGAACCUGCUCGGAAGUGCCGCAGGAGAGAAAGAUCGUCAUUGGACCACCGACCAACUUUCGCCGCGAGGACAUCACUCUCGGUACUGACGUCGAUGGAAACGCCAUCCUCAUCGAGCGGGCUCGAGAGGAUGCCCAAGCAAUGCACCGAGCAGCCCAAAUGCAGCGUUUGAGCCGCCCUGCUUGA